UCUCCGUACUCGGGUGACUCGGGUGUCCGAGCGGGACACGGCUGCCGCUGCCUUUUGUUUCAUGCCUGCCGCCUUGUGCUUAACGCCUUUUGUUUAACGCCUUUUUUUUUCAUGCCUGCCGCUUUUUGUUUAAUGCCUUAUGUUUCAUGCCUGCCGUCUAACCCCGGCGCACCUGAACGCGGUCGCGCUGCGAGCUGCCGGGCUCAGCUGCUGCUCGCAGUGCCGGAAAGCAGCCCGGGCUCUUGCGAGGGGAGAAGAGAAACAGAAAGCUUGAGGUAGAGAAAUAGGGAAGUUCCAGCUUCCCUAAGAGAAAGGGAAAGAUGACGAUGCACUGACAUGGCCGGCCUGGGUUUGGAAAUCUGUUCUUUGAGGAAGAAAACCAAGAGGCUCUGCUGCCCGGAGGCUGCACGAAAUGGAGGCAAAUCUCAUCACCAACUUCACGUCCUCACCGAAUAACGUUCCUCGAGUGAAAAAUCCCGCAGACGCUGAGUGCCAAAGCAAUACGAGAGGUUUUGCAGCCUGGAUAACGAGGCGGGUCGUUCCCUCCUCUUUCUCCUGAUCGCAGGCUUCUUUCGGGGACAGCCGGCGGUGCCGGACGCGCUGUGCUCCGGGGCGGCACUGAGAGCUGAAACCCUUCUUUGAGCUGCUCUGAGGGGACGAAGGCAGCAAAGCGCCCAGUAUUUGCCACCAUCUUCCCUUUUGAAGCAUUUGGAAGCAGCAAUUGAGAGUGGGCUUUAAGAAGACAGAACUUGGGGGCUGUUUCUGCCUCUGCCAUCAGCUCUUUUGUGCCUGUUUAUUUCAGUCGCAUAUGAUGUCUGCUCCUAGUGGCUUUCCUGCCCCAUCUGCACCACCUUCAUAUGAAGAGACAGUAGGAAUCAAUGUGAACUAUCCUCAUCCCUACCCUGUCCCAGAUCCUGGCCUCAGACCAGGUGGGAAGGGAGUGAACCCUCCCCAGUACCCAGAACAGCCCAUGCCAACAAGUAGCCCUGUUACAGUUCAGACGGUGUAUGUGCACCAACCAGUAGUGGUGUUCUACGACCGCCCAGUUCAGAUGAGUUGCCCUUCCUGUAACCAGGUGAUCGUGACACGUCUCUGCUAUGAGCCAGGAGCAUUGACUUGGCUGUCAUGUGGUGGCCUCUGCCUGCUGGGGUGCAUAGCUGGCUGUUGCUUAAUUCCAUUUUGCGUUGAUGCUCUGAAAGAUGUGGAACACUUCUGUCCGAAUUGCAAUGCCCAUGUUGGUUCUUACAAACGUCUAUAGGCAGUGUGUAAGCACUAAGAGUUGGUUGGCACCUCUCUGAGCCCUUACUGAAGCUUAAUGGAGGCUUCAUAGUUUUUUUUCUGUCCUGUCACUGGAAACCAAUAAAAAUUGAUGUUUGUUGCCA